AACACUGACCCAUUUCAAUAUGCUGUAAUAUUUACAAGCUCAGAUAAGUUUGAUCUCUUUCGAGAGAGCAGGAGCUCGUUUUUAAUCAUAAUCCGAGAAGGGAAGAAUUCAAAUUUGCACCUUUUAGUUGCCAAGAUCAAUUAACACCCGUCCCCCAAAGUCAAAGUUUACCACGGGCAAGAUCGGACACGAGAAGUGCUGCGUAAAGUGAGUUCAUGCGCAAUGCCGCCACUACAUCACCAAAGUGAUCUUGCACAAACGUUCGCAGGCAGACUUCUCUUAAGUGCGCUUGUGAGUGUGUUGCGCGUCGGACGCACGUCCCAGUUUUGGCACUGAGGCGAGUGUGUAGGAACCCAGCGCGUCCUCCUCUCUCUCCUCUAACCUCCUCACAGCGAGACGCACGAUUCCACAGGAUGCUUCACCAUAUGCUUCUCUUAACCACUGAGUUUGGGGUUUGGAUGUAGGCGAUCCAUCGGGCGCAGAGCGAGUUCUGGAUUUGGAUGCUUCGCUGGCACGGCUUUGCGGGUGAUGGUGAAGCGCGUCUUGCGCGCUGCCGCACGUUUCCUCGAUCUUUCCUCGGGACGUUUGGCGAAGGGAAAUGUGAAGAAGGCUUAAAGAAUGGCAUGUAAACAUGGUUUCUGCCAAGAAGGAGAUGGUGACUGCGAUGUACCCCACUUCUAUUUCCACUCUCCUCUACUUUCUGUGCGUGGCGGCUUGCAUAAAGAGAAUAUCUGGACAGAUCAGAAAGGAUGAGAAAUUAUACCCGGAAAAUUUCACACGCAUUCUGGACCGACUUCUGGAUGGAUACGACAACAGGCUCCGACCUGGAUUUGGGGGUCCAGUGACAGAAGUGAAGACGGAUAUUUACGUCACAAGUUUUGGCCCAGUUUCUGACGUGGAGAUGGAGUACACCAUGGACGUGUUCUUCCGCCAGACGUGGGUGGAUAGGCGGUUGAAGUACGACGGCCCGGUGGAGAUCCUCCGGCUAAACAACCUGAUGGUGACCAAAGUCUGGACCCCCGACACGUUUUUCAGGAACGGCAAAAGAUCUGUGGCUCACAACAUGACGGCACCAAACAGACUCUUCCGAAUCAUGAAGAACGGCACCAUCCUGUACACUAUGAGGUUGACAAUAAUUGCAGAAUGUCCAAUGAGACUCGUCGAUUUCCCGAUGGAUGGCCACUCCUGCCCUCUGAAGUUCGGCAGCUAUGCCUACCCAAAGACUGAGAUGAUCUACACCUGGACCAAAGGCCCGCAGCAUUCUGUAGAGGUCCCACCUGAGUCGUCCAGCCUGGUACAGUACGACCUGAUCGGACAGACUGUGUCAAGCGAGACUGUAAAAUCCAUCACAGGUGAAUAUGUGGUAAUGACGGUCUACUUCCACUUGAAACGGAAAAUGGGCUACUUCAUGAUUCAGACGUACAUCCCCUGCAUCAUGACUGUAAUCCUUUCUCAAGUGUCUUUCUGGAUAAAUAAGGAAUCCGUGCCCGCCAGAACUGUCUUUGGAAUCACCACUGUUCUCACGAUGACGACCCUCAGCAUCAGCGCUCGUCACUCUCUGCCCAAGGUCUCGUACGCCACUGCCAUGGAUUGGUUCAUCGCCGUGUGUUUCGCUUUUGUUUUCUCCGCUCUCAUCGAGUUUGCGGCUGUGAACUACUUCACCAACGUUCAAGCAGAGAGAGCAAAGAGAAAACAGGCCAAAGCCGCCGCCGCCGCCGCAGCCAGUGCCAAGAGCUCCACACCGUCAGGCAAAGGAAAAGACACAGAGGAGGUUCUACAGCAAAACUCAGACACCAAUGGCAACUUACGAAAACGUGUCAACUCCAACAUUCAGUCUCAACCAGACUCCAAGAAAACCCAAAGAACCGAAACAUCUAGCAAGAGCGGCGCAGCUGCAUCCAAACCGACCUUGACCAGCCAAUCAUCUUCCACCUCAGAGGGUACCAGCAGUUUCUCCAGCCAAUCACGUCUCAGCCCCAGUUCUGCCAGCCAAUCGAAUGCAGCCGCUUCAUCCUCGGCCUCCAAAACAACACCGCCGGCCCCUCCCUCGACGCCAACAGUUCCUGACAAACCAUCACCCAGUGCAACCGCAGGCUCGGCUCCUCUUCACCAUCUCCUCGGGCCUAAAUUAGAGAAUAUUAAAAAGAAAGAAGCCAAACCUGCACCUCAACCUGCCGCUCCUCCAACCGGAGGAGCCAGCAAGAUCGAUGAAUACGCACGUAUUUUAUUCCCAGUGUCCUUUGGGGCCUUCAACAUGGUGUACUGGGUGGUUUACUUAUCCAAAGACACCAUGGAGGCAAAGGGAGGCUAACAAGAACAGGCUUGGUUGUUUGUACCCUUUUUCUACAACUCAAAUGAAAUAAAGAGCCCUCUCAAGGAUUACGUCAACAAGCAAUUCCAAGAAACGAAAUUAUAUUACAGCAGACAAAACUGCACAAGCACACAGAAGAGAUUAUCUGGGUGAAAUAAUAUUAAAACUUUGUUUUUGUUGUUGGUAAUCAAAAGGGCCAUACACAAGAUUAAGCAUGUGGAUAUAUUAUAGUAAGUAAAAAUAUUUCAAUUAAAAAACAAUCCAAGCAAUCUCAAAGGAAUGAAUCAUAGAUUUAUCUGUUGUCUGUUUGAAUAGCCAUAUUUCCAGUCUGUCCUAUUUAUCGCCGGACACACUGAAGGAACAAUGCCACUGAAUAGAAAAACCAAUACCAGGGUCGUUUAGUCUAUUUUUAUAUAGAGACACUUCCGGAAGAAAUCCAGAAAUCCAACAGAUCUGAACUGACCUUGCGGAUGUCUGCCAAGAAGACGUAUUUCUGACAUAAUACACAACGUAUUUCUUUCAGUUGUGAUGAAAUCUAUUUUAAACCACAUCAUGGUGUAAACUGUCAGGCAUGGUAUCUAUCCUGUGUUCUCUCGCCGAGAGAAAACGUUGGAACGAAGCGAGUCCUGAUCGGUGAAAACCACAUAUGCAUGUCUUUUAUUUUUUAAAGAGACUAUAAGAAUUUUCGUUGUUACCGAUUAAGUCGUUAAAGCACAAAUGAUGAUUUUCUCUCUUUGUUUUUGAAGUUGAAUGGCUUGUUUUUAGUUCAGUUCAAUUCAGGUUUCGUUUUCAUUAUUGCAGUAUUUUUUUGUCUUAUAACUGAUAUGUUCUCUGCUAUAAAGAAGGAAGUGUGACAUAGGGAAGGAGUUUCACCAUAUGAAGCACAAAGCAUGUGCCGACGGGCCCCCCUGGAGCCUGGUGCCGUGGCAACCGCACAGGGGCCAGAUGGUUCUGGAGUCAUUACAGAACAGUAAGAGGUUUAAACAGACUGAUGUUGUCAAACAAGAGCCAGAGGACGAGGAAAACCUCCACCAAUCCACAUAGGGCUGUUUUUGUAUGUGUACAUUGGAUUUAAACAGUGAUUGGUUGAGGUCUUCAUUAUCCACAAGUUGUAAGUUGCCACACAAAUUAGUGUUAAAGGAAUAGAUCACUCAAAAAUGGUUCCAUGGAACAAGAAAAAAGCAUUUUUAGUAGAAGGUUUGAUGUCAAAUCCAAAAUUGACAAAAAAGCACCAUAAAAGUAGCCCAAAUGACUUCUUAAGUCAUAGCUUUGUGUGAGUUGUUGGCAUGUAUUAAGACCUGUAUUGGAUGUCUCUUACUGAAAUAUGUAGUAGAAAAACCCAGAUUUACGUUAUUUAAAAAACCACAUUGUUUUAUACGUAUUUUGGACUAUGGAGGCACCAUAAUGCGGAGGAUGACAUAAAACGGUUGCACUCGGUGAGCUACUGGCGCUACAUGUUGCUAGUUUUAAUGCAACACAACUCUGAAAAUAAAAUACUGAUACAAUGACCACAGCUACUGAAAAAGCUUAAAGGUGGCGAUGGAUGUAAGCAUAGGCUUAAACCAAAUAGAUUUUUUUCCCACAAGGAGUCUAAACGCCCCCGGAUAUCGAGUGAAAUCCGCACUGAGAAAGUCCUGCGGCGUCAUGACAAGCGUCGGCAUGUUUACAUCCUGCCAGGAUGGCAUCUAGCGUUUCUUUUUUUGCCGUUUGUAAGCUCUUUCAGUAACUGUGGUAUACUAAAAGCUUCAGAGGCAACAGGGCUGAAGUGGAGAGAACAAAGACGCUGGUCUUUAGGAAGUUUUAUUCGUCCACAGGCAUCUUCCCAUUCUUAUAUCCACUUCUUAUUACUAGGAAAGCAGUGAAGACUUACAUUGCUUCUCUCGUUGCCCUUCGACUGAAAGUUACAACCAAAAGCCACACAAUGUGGCAUCAUAUCAGCAUUUUAUUUUGCAAGUUGUGUAGUGGUAAAAGUGGAGCGCCAACAUGUAGCACCAGUAGUGCAUCCAUUUUACACAAUGGUGCCCCCAUAGUCCAAAAUAUGUAUAAACAAUGUGGAUUUUUUUAAGUGAUGUAAAUCUUUCAUGGGGUUUAUACUACAUAUUUCAGUAAAAGGCAUGAUUUAGGUUAUAUUAAGUCUUAUACCUAUAUACUAUUAACAAAUAAUUAAAAUGUUGGCUUGUUUAUCACACAAAGCUUCUGUAUGAUUUUAGGAGAGUAUAGAGCAUGUACAGUAAAUGAAAAUAGUCACAUGGACUACUUUUAUGGAGCUUUUUUGUGCUUUUUGGAGCUUGACAGCUCUUUAAAAAUGGAGGUUUUUCAGCGAUGCCAUAGAAGAACCAUUUUAGCUUUCUCAAAAAAACAGUGAAAGUUUCUUAAACAUUUUUUCUUAGUGUGACAAAACCUUUAAUAAUCCAAAGAACCUUAUUACACUUUAAAAGGGUUCCUUGGAUGUUCAAUUGUUCCUUAAAAUAACUAUUUUCCUUAGCAUGGCAAACCUUAUAAUAGUCUACAGAACCUUUUUGCACUAUAAAGACCCUUUUGGAAAGAUUUCUUGCAUGUUAAAAGUUAGGAAAAAUAUCUCCUUUUGUGUUCAUCAGAAGAAAGCAAAUAUGAUGGGUUUAGAACAACAUGAAGGCGAGUUCAUUUUUGGGUGAACUGUCCCUUUAAAGUUUGAUUUCUUUGACUCAUGGUGUUCGGGAUUGGUGUGCUGGAGACUGCUGAAAUGAUUCUGUGAUUUUUGCGGUUAUCUUAGCAGACGGCUUUUGAACUCAUUCCACCAUUCUGUUCAAAUACGACAUACAGCAUAGCAUAUAUGGCACAAAUUUGUUUGAUUUAAUUGAAUCUAUACGAUUAAUUAAACGAUCAUUUGAUUACUUAGAACAAAUGUGCAUGUGUAUUCUUAGACCCAUGUCUACACACAUACAUACAUACAUACAUACAUGCAUGACAGUGGAUGUGCUGGUAUUUCUGUGUGCGAAGUAAUAUGAUUAGACUCGAAUCUUAACUACCACUCUACAUGAUAACAAAGCACAGUUCAUCUAAUGAAUCAUUAAUGUUGUAACACUGUCUCCAACAUAAAUGUAUAAGAAGGCUUUUAAAUGUACCAGUCAAAGACAGAAAGAGAAAACUAAUUUUAAUGAGCAUAAUAUUUACUACAAACUGCUCAUUAUAUACUGCAUAUUAUGUACUGCACAUUUAAUUUAAAACCCUAAAAGCCCAUGCAUUAUUACAAUUUGUUGUACACAACUUGUUUUCUCGUGGAUUUCCAAAGUGCAAUAUAUGGAAGCCCGUUUCCGCCACUGAUAUGAAAAAAAAAAAAAAAUAAAAAAGGCAAUUGCAGCUCUAUAUAUCUCGUAGUUCUGACUUUUUUCUUAGAACUGUGGGAUAUAAACUCGCAAUUGCGAGUUAUAAAGUUCAGUUCUGAGGAGAAAACAAAGACUGAUAUGUUCAGAGAAAUGCGAGUUCUGAAUUCUGACUUUAUAACUCGCAAUUGGAAAUUUAUAUCAUGCAAUAGCAACUUUAUUUCUCGGAAUUGCGAGUUUAUGUCUCAUAAUUUUGAGGAAAAAAGUCAGAAUUGCUAGUUUGUUUCAUGCAAUUCUGAGAAAAAAAGGCAGAAUUGUGAGAUAAGUUGCAAUAACCUUUUUUAUUUAUUUAUUUAUUUAUUUAUUAUUCAUUGGCGGAAACAGGCUACCAUAGCAAUAUGCAGUACAUAUACACUAUUGGUCAACCAUUGUUGACCAUGUCAUGACGAACCCCCAUGUCAUUCCGAACCCGUAAAAUCUUUAUUCGUCUUCGGAACACAAAUUUAGAUAUUUUUAAUGCAUUCUGACAGUUUUUUAACCCUCCCAUAGACAGCAAUUAACACGAUCAAUGUCCAGAAAUGUAGCAAGGAAAUCAGUAAAAUAAUCCAUGUGACUUCAGGGGUUCAACCGUAAUUUUACGAAGCUACGAGAAUACUUUUUGUACACAAAGAAAACAAAUAAAUACAGCUUUGGUGAACUUCUUACUUUAACUAAUUACUAUUUUUGACCGGUAACAUUAUUAUUACUGUAGCGUUGUAGCACAACGUUUUAAAAAAUCUGAAAAAGCACCUGCAGGGAGCUCCAUGAUCACACGUGAUGAAUUACGUGCUACCACAAGAAAAAAAAAAUGCAUUUUUAAUGGCCAAAUCUGCAUUUUGAUGAAGUUUUGAUUUGUUCAUUUAAGCAGCUCAAUUUCAUUGCCAUGCAACAUGAGGAACUGGUAAUGUCUGUGUGCUUAUUGAAUGAUAUUUGAGAAAUAGUGAUUAGAUAAUUAGAAAAUUAGAAAAUUAGAAAAUUAAGCCAAGACCACAAGAGAGCAAGACAGGAUGCAUGUCCUCAAUAUUUUGCAUGGUUACGUAAGCAAGAGACGUUUAGUUAUCAUCUCAGAAUUUGGCCUAAAUAUGAUUAUUUUGCUUUUUUAAUCCAUUUUUGUGCAAUUAUUGUCACAAAGUGGAAUUGCAAAAAUAAUUAUUGCCUUCAGACAGAUUUCCAUAACACCCUAAACUCACUCCAUUGGUUAAUCCAGAGUCGCUGCAUUGGGCUGGUUGUAUUUGUGGUUGACUUUGCUACAAGUUGUGUUGGUGCACUAGUAGAAGGGUGAGUGUGUUUCAUUGGGAUACAGUAUCCUGUUAUUGGGAUACUGUAUACUGCACAUUUUUAUAAGCAGUAGACCAUUGAGUUUGUUGAAAAUUUGCUUACUGUGCACAGUAUACUGCAUACUACUGCAUAUUAAUUUCUCACUGUCAGUCUCCAUGUUAAUGUGACGCUCUGUGUGUGUGUUUGUGUGUAUGUGAGAGAGAGAGAGACAGGCUAUCAGCAGGGUGAUGGAGUGAUCAAAAUGUCUGGCUUCCCUGGGAACUCAGCCUAGUGUGAAAUUGACUUUGUACCUUCAUCCUCCAUCACACACACAGACACACAUACACACACCUCGUUAACCUGCCAGUUUAAUGGUUCUGUAUAUUGUUCUCUGACAAUAUUGCCAAUUCAGAAUGAUAAAUGUGUGUUUAUACACAUUUAUACGCAAAAACAUGAGUUCAUGCGUAUUUCAGUCCAGUUGCUAGCUAUAGUUGAAAUAAGAGCAAACUUGAGCUGCUGUUUUGCAUUUAAAAAAUACUGAGGCUUAAAUUUAAAAUGUAUUUGAAUUGCAUAUAAAAUUCCAUCCAUUUGGAUUACGCAGUUUUAGCUUAAACUAAUAAACGUAGAGUAAUGCAUAUUUGUCUGUCAAACUGUAAAUGAAACAGGGAAGAGUACUAAUAAUCUGAAUGCGUUUUAAAUACAAUAACCAGGUUUAUUUAUCACCAGUAAAUCCAAUUUGUUUUAGUCACAUACAUUUUAACUAACUGAAUAUCGCUUGUUCAACAGUUAACAGAAUGAAUGUUUGUUUUCACACUGAAGAGUUUUAUGCUCAUUCUAAAUGAUUUGAAUAACUGCUUUUUGAAAGUAUGAUUAUUUAAAUGAAAUCAAAUUGAUGCAAAUAAAUGCCAUGACUUUUGUAGUUCAGAAAUCUUGCCUCUUUCUUAGCCAUUUCAUUUGUGUUUGACUGACAAAUAUGUUAUUAGUUUGCUUAUGCUAAAACUGUGUGAUCCUAACUGUUGGAAAUUUUAUAUGCAAAUCAAAUGCAUACAACUUAAAAUUAGGCCUAAUUUGAGCAUGUGGGUCUGCAUUUAGGUUGGUGCUGUAAACUUUGAGUGUGUGUAGAGAUGGGAGAAGCGCAUGACUGCUAACUUCCCACUUUGUGUCCCCACGGGCCGUUUGCCUGAACGCAUCUCCUCCGGCACACCACAGCUUAUCGUUCAAACACAGAAGACUCUUUUGCUCCAGUGAGCCAAAUGCAGGCAUGGCUCUAUUAGAGAUGUUACUUGAGACGCCCAGAGACCAGAAAUGUCCUGGCCUCUUCUGAGCACACCAGUACCCUUAAGAAAAACCCAAGAGUUUUAAAGAUAAAGUUCAUCUGAGGUAGAACAAAGAAUAUUUGUCUUAAAAGAAGAAGAAGAAAAGAAAAGUUUUCACUGUAUAUAGUUCUGUUGCUGCAUGGUCAUUUGGAGAUUUAAAAAAAAGGUCAGGAAAAAAUUCCAGGUCACAUUCACCUCAAUAUAUUAUUUACUUAUUUAUUUACAGUACAUGCUUAACUGUCAUGGAAUCACACAAAAAUCAUGAUGACUAUGUUUGUUUCUUUUGAUUUUAUGAAAUAUGAUCCAGAUAUGUUCUGGACAGACUUUGUGAGACUCACCCAGACAUUUAAAAGUUCUUUGAGUAACUUAGAAGGUUCUUCUGUGGCAUCAGACUGCAAAGCCCUUAUUGGUUUUAAGUGGAUGCAUCAUUUUAAAGGAGAACUCCACUUCCAGAACAACAAUCUGUCUUCAGUCGUAAAAAAUUAUGGUUUUUAAAAAAAAACAUUUCAGGAUUUUUCUCCAUAUAAUGGACUUCACUGGUGCCCCGAUUUUGAACUUUCAAAACGUAGUUUACAUGCAGCUUCAAAGGGCUCUAAUCGGGCUCUAAUAAGUUUUUCACCAUACUCAGUACACAAACUAUGAACUUACAUGUGAUUCGUAGUAGUGAUGGGAAGUUCAGAUAAUUUUUUCCGACUCGGACCUUUGAGUCUCGUUCAGCAAAAUGAAAUGAUUUUAGCAAAAUAUAAUUAAAAUGUUAUGUGUUACUUCCCUAACACAUCUACUGCUUACACAAACGUUGAUCACACUACAAACAAGACAAAACUAUAAUGCUAUAAGAAACAAAAGAUUAAUUCAUUGUUUACCUGGGUUUUUAGUCUAUGAUUAGCUCACCUCACCUCUUAUCUGACAAGUUUUCAGGUUUGAGUCGUUUGUUCAUCACAUGACAACUCCAUACGAUGAACGAACGACUUGAAAAACCCAAAGACUCGAAACAGGUGAACUAAUUUCAGUACAGAACCUAACAGGAUGUUGUGCAUGCACGACCAAACGAAUCACCCCCCGAGAUGACUCGUUCUUCCCGAGUCACAUUAAUGAUUCGUUCAAAAUGAAAGAAUCGUUCAAGAACGACCCAUUACUAAUUCGUAGCAUUGUGGACACGCAUCCCAGAGUCUGUGCUACACAAGCUUUUUCGCUUAAAAAGUAUACAAAUUUUUAUUUUUCGAAAAAAAUGACAUAUCGGUUCGCUAGAUAAGACCCUUCUUCCUCAGCUGGGAUCGUUUAAAAGUCCUUUGAAGCUGCAUUUAAACUGCAUUUUGGAAGUUCAAAAUCAGGCACCAAUGAAGUCCAUUAUAUGGAGAAAAAUCCUAAAAUGUUUUCCUCAAAAACCAUAAUUUCUUUACAACAGAGACAGAUCCACUCUUGAAGACAGAAAUACAUGAACAUCUUGGAUGACAAGGGGAUGAGUAAAUUAUUUGUAAACUGUUGUUCUGGAAGUGGACUUCUCCUUAAAGAGUAAAUCCAGUGAACACAGAUCCGCUUGUGCCACGUGCAUCUAGAAAAGAAACUUCAGCAGGGUUACUUUUUUAAUCCAGUUUGUUUCUGUCUUUCUUUAAUCUGCAAAACCAUAUUGUGAUCAGUCAUUUUCUAAUUAUUGCUUAUUAUCACAAUGAGAAAUUGGUUUUCUAAGACUUUUUGAACACAGAAAGAGAAGAAGUCAUUUGUAUUGCCGCUCUAAAGCCUCCACGGAGUGGAUGAGAGUGUCUCGGGGCCAGUAGCUGUCUAAACUGAUAAACUAGAGUACAUCAUGUAUAGCUGGAGACAGAAAGACAGAGAGAUUGUGUUUAUCAUGCCCUACGGAGUUUAUCAUGUUGGCGGUGAUAAGAACAAAUAUCCAUAAUCUUCCUCUGGAUGGAGCCCAAAAAGAAGAGAGAUGUAACACAAAGAGAGGGAAGACAACA